AUGGCGACUCGACUCGACCUGUCACGAUCUGCUGCGCACGGAAAAGCCAUGGUUGCGCCGUCGCGAAUUAACUUGCGCCGCACUGCCUCGUACAAUGACCACGGCGCUGGCGUCAUUUCUUCGACCACUUCUCGCUUGAAUUUUAAUCACCUUCUCUUCUCACCACCUCCUUCUCCUAGCCUGCCAGCUCUUUUACCGAGACGAAAAAGGUCAACAUCAGAGCUGUUGUUCAAGCAUCGACCCAGCCGGGUCAUUAGGCAGUGCUUUUACUUGGUCACUCUGCUAGCGGGCCUUUACCUCUGUGCCUUUGCCAUUCGGCACCGCAAUGCAAUACACAUUGCGCUGCCGUACUUUAGCGAUCCCCAGUAUGAGAUGGUCGGACAGGAUAGUUUCCCGGACUUUCCAACGCCUAUUGUUGUUCAUGAUUCCAAGAAGCGACCAAAAUGGACGGUGUACAUACCCCGAAACUACGAAUUCCCAUUGUCGAUCAAGGAGUAUUCGAGCAUGAACGCCCUUUGUCGGGAGGUAUCCGCUCGAGCGAGAGACCUCCGCCACAAGAUGCCACUGCCAGACAAGAUGUUGUUAUUUUACGACCGGCCGGAUGAUUACUUUGUCGACGUUUCUGAGGCUGAGAAGAUGGGACUGCUCUCAGCCAUCCCCAAGGGCCAGCCAUCCAAGCACUCUGGACAGUUCUCCGGGCUGAGCUACGAAUCCAUGUCUGGCAAACCGGUUUGCGACAAGUCGCUGACGUAUGUCUUGGAGAGCCCGGACGCCGGGCUUGGCAAGGCAAUAAUGAAUCUAUGGACACUGUAUGCGCUGGCAAUGGAACAAGGGAGGGCUUUCUUCAUCGACGACUCUCGCUGGGCAUACGGAACCUACACCAACAUUUUUCAACCUCCCCCAGCUCCUGAUUGCCGCCCACCGCCACGGCACCAGAUGUUACCAUGCCCGGCACAAACCCGACACUUGGUGGUAUCCAGUGUCACGGUGCAGGAUGUGCUCCCAGCACUCCUGGCCAAGCACCAUCGACAGAGUCGCUCCGAUCUGGGAUUGCGCGAUCUCUUCAAACUUGCACAUACCGGGUACAAGGCGCUUUUCAGGCUCUCCAAGGAUGAUGAGGUCUAUGUCGAGAAACGAAUUCGGGACCUCAGGGCCGAGGCCAAAUCUAACGAAGGCGUUCCUGUGAAUUCACCCAUCAUCGGACUCCACAUUCGACACGGGGACCGGCAUCCAUUUGAGUAUCAGUACCGGGACACGUACAUACCCGGAGAGAUAUUUGCAAGCUACGGACACAGCCUAGUCGAGGCCCACUACAACAGCACCAGCCUCGAGCCCGAACAGCACGAUGCUGUUUGGAUCGUCGCUUCGGAUGACCCAACGGUCCUUGAAGAACCAGAAUUCGCCGACGCCCAUCUCGCCCAAGAGCAUAUCCGCCUGGCCACAAAGCAGGUCAUUCAAGACUCGAAAAAAAACCCGCAAGUCCUCCAUGCCUUUGAGGAGGAGGCUUUCGGAUGGGAGGGCGGCUUCUUCGCAGCAAUGUUUUGGAGCUUUGGUGGAAAGCCGAAGCACAGCGCUGUCGACGAGGCCGCCACAACGGCGCCGUCCGAUGAAAUGCUGAGGCUACGGAGCCUGGUCGGGCGAGCAUACAUGAUGGAUCUGGCGGUCUUGGCCAGCGCAAGCGACAAGGUUGUGUGUGCCGUGAGUGCCAUGGGGUGCCGGCUAGUGGCAGUGAUGAUGGGGUGGGAGCGAGCAAUGGAACGCCGGGACUGGCGGAAUGUGGAUGGCGAAUAUGGAUGGGGCGGACUGAAUUGGGACUGA